AUGGCUCUGCUGCCGCCGGCACAAUGCCGACGCACCACUCUCCGGCCGCUCGCCGCCUCGCCCGCCAGCUUCAGGAUCACCGAAUCAUUUCUCCAGGCCACUGAGCUCCAUCAACGCGCCAUUAUCCCGCCCCGCAGGUCCCUCAAUUCCCAUGCUGGUCCCUUCGAGAGUCGUCGACGUGGGAGCAAGCGGCACAUGACAGGCCUCAUGCCGACCUCGUCCGCUUUCCCUCCCAUCUGGCAAUUCGAUGUUCCGUCGUCGACAAUUCUUCAAUGGGAAGCACCGACCGCCCCGGCGUACCGAAGGCAAAGGAAGCAACAGGUUGGCGUAUCGGCACUCUUCGAUAACUUGGUCAACUGGCUAGAUGGCUCCAUGGCGCGCAAGCUAGGCAACCCGCCUCCAGCCAGCAUAAAUACGACGGCAGAUGCCGUCACCAUGGAGGCUCUGGCCGUCGAUGAUGUAGCAAAGCACGGGUCGAUAUCGGACGCCGACCCGGUGAAUGCAAGGCUGCAUUACCAUCUCCCGAGGGAGAUCGCGAAGCUUCGGGCGAGCAUCUGUGGAUCAGAAAACAUCGAUGAGGAGACUCUCUUUCGUUUGUGCAGGACGUGCCGGAGAUCGUUACGAAGACGAAUAGAGCGUGGCGACAUGUGUCUCGAAGGGCUCGUUGCCGCGUUGGAUCCCCUCGACUUGCCAUCAAAAAGCCGAAUUCCCCAUGCUUCAACCGCAAACAAGAUGACAGCCAUGAUUCGACGCUCCGUCCUGUCAGCUAUGGACAAUGUGACCAGACAGCAUGGCGAAAUUCUUUCUCGGGAUCUCUGGCUGGCCUUUGCAGAACAUAUCUGCCGCACCGACGGGGGAAAUCACGACAUGCAGCUAUUUUGGAGAUUGAUGGAUGUGAUGCCAGCUGUGCUGCGAUCGCAGAUCCCAUCCCACAGCUUAGCAGAACUGACCCGCUCGUUUCUGGUUGCCCAGGCGAGCCGUCACAACUUGUUCUUGCACUGGUCGGCCCGAGCAGCCAAGUUCGGCCAGGCGCUGCAAAGCCUUACCGCCGUACAACGACUGAGCUUGAACGACAGCAUAAGACAGUUUUUAUCGGAGCAAGCUUGGGAGUCGGAAUCGUCUCGGAGGUUGCGCUUUUCUUGGCUUCUUAUUCAAGCAUACGACGCCCAUGCCACGACCAAGGACUUUCUCGACACAUAUCGCGCUGCUCAGAGACCGGGCCUUGGGCUGAACACGAUGCAGCUUUGGCAGCUCUUGUCGGCGCGUCUGGCUGCCACGGGGGCGAUAGAGCGAGGCAAGGCGAAAGUUCUGAUGGAAAACGACUACCUGUCGAUGGGCCAUCGUUGGACCGACCUGCUUCUGGACCUGUUGGCCUCGGCAAAGCGCGAAGAGGGCCUGCGAGAACUUUGCACCUGCCUCACCGGCAUCGGAAAGUUUGAGACGGUAAUGCAAAGUGUGCUAUCCCUGCCGCUCCGUCGUUUCCGCGUCGACGCUCUGCAAGCAACGGCGGCAGCAUGCAACAACCAUUAUCAGGCGCUUCAGCUCUACGACCUCGUCAUGGCCAAGGAUGGAUCCCGAAAGAUGUUGGCCCGAUGGAAUUGGACGUUUUGGACCCGCCAUGUCCAAUCCAUGAUCAAAGAUCCGGCCUUUGAGCACCCCAGGAUUUGGGACCUGCUCAACCUGAGUUUCCACGUUGGCAGAAGCGCAAGCCCGGAAGCAGUUGCUGCGGAGGCUGAAGCCAAGGCGCAACUGCUGGAUAAGAUGGGCAGGUGGUUCGGUGAGGCGUCACAUCUCAAUGACCGCCAGGCGCUGCGACAUUUAGAGCGAUGCGUCGCCUACCAGCGGUCCCUCACCAACGGCGUGACGUCGCAGAUGCUGGCCAACGUCGCGGCCAUCGUCACCCGCGACCUUGAGAGGGGCGAGAGAGGCCGCGCAACACGCAUGGAGUGGCUCGUCAAUAUGGUCGAGCGCACCCACGGCCCCGAUGCCGCAGACAGUACGGCCAGCGCUCUAAAGGGGUGGAGAUGGACAAUAAAUCAAGGCCGGGGCAGUUCCUCGUGA